UCGUGAAAUAAAUUUUAAGAUCCGAACAAUUUUUUUUUAAUCAAAAACUCUACCGAUUAGUACGGCAUGUUUUAAAUAAAACUGGCACUUUUUGGAUUUAAAGUGCAUUAAGAUUACGUUUAUUAAGUCGAGUUCAAUAUAAAUGGAAAGUAAUGUGAAUUAAAGUGGUCGAAUAGUAAAUUAUAAAAUGAUUGGAAAAAAAUCGCGAUUAUUUUUUUUUAUUUCGCUGUGUGGGCUGAUGUUGGCAAUUUUAUUUGCGACGUGGGGCAUACCAAAUAUAGUGAGGAGCCAAAUACAGAAGAACGUGCAGAUCGACCCGUCCUCGCAAAUGUUUGAUAAGUGGCGGAAGCUGCCGAUGCCACUCACUUUCAAGGUCUACGUGUUCAACGUGACCAACGCCGAGGAUAUCAGCGGCGGUGCCAAGCCCAGGCUUGAAGAGAUCGGGCCCUACGUCUAUAAGCAAUACAGAGAGAGGACAAUUCUCGGCUACGGUGAGAACGACACGGUGGAGUACAUGCUGAAGAAGACGUUCGUCUUCGACCAGAAGGAGACGGGCUCCUUGUCGGAGGACGACGAAGUAACUGUCAUCAACUUCACUUACAUGGCGGCUCUGCUUGAAGUCCAAGAGUUGAUGCCGAGUCUGGUGGGGAUGAUCAACGGGGCGCUAGAGGAGAUGUUCAGCAACCUGACGGACCCGUUCCUGCGGGUCAAGGUCAAAGACCUCUUCUUCGAUGGAAUCCACCUUAACUGUAUGGGAAACUCAGCCUUAGGUCUAGUAUGCGGAAAAAUUAAAUCUGAUAAACCUACCACAAUGCGUCGCUCUGAAGACGGAAACGGUUUUUACUUCUCCAUGUUUAGUCAUAUGAAUCUAACAGAAUCCGGCCCAUACCAGAUGGUACGCGGUACAAAAGACAUCCAGGAGCUUGGGCACAUCGUUUCUUACAAAGGAAAGAAAGAUAUGAAGAGCUGGCGGGAUCCGUACUGUAACCAGCUGAACGGGUCUGACGCCUCCGUCUUUCCACCGGUUGGGGGGGACUCGCCUCCUAAACGGCUGUACUCCUUUGAGCCCGAAGUAUGCAGAUCUCUGUAUGUCAAUCUAGUCGGCCCAGCCACCAUUUUCAACAUGAAGGCGAACUACUACGAAAUCGAAGAAGAAGCACUCGCAGCUAAAACUGCGAACCCGAAUAACAAAUGCUUCUGUCGAAAGAACUGGAGCGCCAACCACGACGGCUGCCUACUGAUGGGCGUGCUAAACCUAGAGCCUUGUCACGGCGUGCCGGCGCUGGCGACGUUACCACACUUCUACCUAGCCUCCGAAGAACUACUGGAGUAUUUCGCCAGAGGCAUCAGUCCAGAUAAAGAGAAACACAACACUUACGUGUUCCUUGACCCGAUCGGCAAACCGUAACUGAAUUUGCUGCCGCAGCUCAAUGUCUUGCAUAACUCACGUACAUCAUCACAUUUUCCGUGCUGCCCCGAACUUCAUCUUGCCCCUGUCUCCCACUACCUUUAAGGUUUUUCACUUUUUUUGACCGAGAAAAUCAUUAGCUUGCAUUGUGUACCUGGGGGCUUAUCUUGAUUGAAUUAACAUGACAUGAAUUUGAUCUAGAUUUGUUAUUGAUAUAACCUGUCACUGUCAAAAGUAAUAUUUCUUCAACCAUGAAAGUCACUUUUUAAUGAAUAUAUGUGUGCUUCAAAUCGUGUAACUUUAAUUUGAACUACUUCUCAAGCAUUCAAGUAUUUUUAUUGCACUAGUGUUGUUAAACAGAAGAUAAUGCUCAAACAUGAACCCUGUAAGGGCAUCGCAACAAUUCUUAUUUGCUAAACUUAAA